AGCACGACUUCUCAUCGCAUCUAGGCAAAGAUGAGGGAUGAUCACGAUGACAGCAGCAGACUUGCAGGAGGUGGCGCUGGCCUAUUGCCAUCGAUGAUCAUUCCUCACACCGCGGAGCGCCCACACCUUGUCGGCCGCUUGUUCACGUGUCCACGAGAUCCACAAUUGUCAUCACGAGCUGCAUGCAUGAGCCAACCUUCACAAUUCUCAUGUACACGCAACUCGUUACUUGAAGGGAGCGACACCGCAGAAAUUCUGGGCAGUAUGAUAGCCUGGCCCAAUCUUCAUCGAUAAGCAUGCGGCCCGGGAAAGUCGUCCGUCUGUGAUGAGUGCGGCUACCCCCUGGCGUUAACUGGUGUCGCGCAGAGAGGCACGUAUUCAAGGCCAAAAAGCUGCAAUGUGAAUGUGAAUGUGAAUGUGCACGUCCG